GAAAGGGAGCUCUGACGUAGCACGUUGUCUGACUAUAUAAGGUGAGCACUCGGCUGCCUUACGUAUAGACGAUCCUUGGUGACGGAAGAGUGUGCAGUGUCUUCUAGUAGCAAGACAACAUUAGAGGUUAGAACAUGGCACGUACAAAGCAGACCGCUCGUAAAUCAACUGGAGGAAAGGCGCCCCGCAAGCAGCUGGCAACAAAGGCAGCCCGGAAAAGUGCGCCAUCUACUGGCGGUGUGAAGAAGCCGCAUCGGUACAGGCCAGGAACUGUUGCUCUACGUGAGAUCCGUCGUUACCAGAAAUCAACAGAGCUACUGAUCCGUAAGCUCCCAUUUCAACGCCUGGUGAGAGAAAUUGCACAGGACUUCAAGACUGAUCUGCGGUUCCAGAGUGCUGCUAUUGGAGCUUUGCAGGAGGCCAGUGAAGCAUAUCUGGUGGGUCUGUUUGAAGACACCAACCUUUGUGCCAUCCAUGCCAAAAGGGUUACCAUUAUGCCCAAGGACAUCCAACUUGCUCGCAGGAUACGAGGAGAACGGGCAUAGUCGCUUGUGACUAAUUUUUAUAGUAAAUCCUGUAAAAUACUUUGUUUUCCAUUUGUUUUAUAUUCUGUCUCCUUUUGUACCUUGCAAUCCAUUCCAUCUGCCACUCAGGGUGACUGCUUAUCAUGGCUGCCCUCUUACUGUUGGCUCCAAUUGGAGCUUGACAUAGGGCAGUAGGUGCUUCUACUGCUUUUGCAUGACUCUGACCCUGUUCUAUGUUGCAACCAAUGCAAUAAGUUGCUGGUUAUAGAUCCUCCAGCGUGACAACCAUGCUAUAACUGCAUAUACCUGACAUUCACCUUGUAUUCAAGAUAUGUUCAAGACUAACAGGGUCAUUCUGUUGUGAUUAUCCUGCCUAGAAUUUGACCACACUAAACUGUUGGGACUGUUAGUUUGGUAUUCCUGAAGUUUUGCUCCAUUGUUUCAUGUAACUCAGAGCUGGCAAGUUUAACACUGCUGGCACAUCGUGAGGAUUUUUUGGUGCUUCUGAAGUGCAGAUUGAUGUGUUAAGGCAGCUACAGAACACAAUGUGCAUUUAUGAGAGCUAUUUUAUAUAUUGUAGUGUCCAUAUUUUAAAUUAAAUGUUUUACAUUCAA